UGUUACCAUAGCAACAGCAUAGUCACAUCUCAUCUGUUGACUGUGCUGUAGCUAAUAACUAGCGUUAGCUGUGAAUAAGCUGCGCUAAAGUGUCCUGCGGAUCAUUUUUUACCUACUGAGCCUGACUGCUUACUUUGGAGUAUUAAGAAGAAGAAGGAAACAUGUCGAAUGAUCUUGCCGGUGUGUGGGAAGUGGCACUGAGUGAUGGAGUCCACAGGAUAGAGUUUGAACACGGUACGACCACCGGGAAGAGGGUCAUCUUGGUGGAUGGAAAGGAGAUACUGAGACGGGACUGGAUGUUCAAACUUGUGGGGAAGGAGACUUUCAAUGUGGGCAAAUCGGACACCAAAGCCACCAUUAACAUUGAUGCAGUCAGCGGGUUUGCAUAUGAGUACACGUUGGAGAUCAACGGGAAGAGCCUGAAGAAGUACAUGGAGAACAGGUCAAAGGUCACCAGCACCUGGGUUCUGAACUUGGACGGCAUUGACUGCAGGGUGGUGCUGGAGAAAGACACCAUGGAUGUUUGGUGUAAUGGACAAAACAUUGAGACUGCAGGGGAGUUUGUGGAGGACGGCACAGAAACACAUUUCACGCUGGGAGACCACAACUGCUGCGUGAAGGCUGUGAGCAGUGGGAAGAGGCGGGACGGCAUCAUCCACACGCUGCUCGUGGAUGGAACAGAGAUAGCCGAGUGCACCGAGUGACUGUGUGUGAAAACUUGUGUGAAACCAGAGACUCUUUGAAUCUGUGAAACAGAGAGGGUGAAGAGGAGGGGUCCUUGAAGAGACAGAAAUAUGUACUCCUAUGGCUUGAUGGCCAUGCUUUGGAGUGUAAAUUAGCCAUAUAUUGGUACUGUAAGGGUUGUUCUGUAAGUACAGGGAUAGUUUGAAUGUUUAAGUGGAGUUUUAUCAGGAAUCCAUAGUCAGUCACUUUCAAAACUAACCAAAUUCUCAUAGUUUAGUAAUGGACCAGCAACUCCUUUGUUCUCGGAGUUUGAAUUGACUUUUUGUCAGUGGAGUCUGGUAGCUUUGAAGACAGCAUCGAUACUCCUUCAGUUCCCGGUCAAAAAAAGCUCUAUAAAGGCAAGGUACAGUGGUGGUAACAUUCUAAAUACAGUGUUCACCCAAGUUGAUCUUGAACUAUUUUGGUGGUCCUUUCUUUUAGGUGUCUAAAAGAUGUUUUGCAGCAGCAGUAGAUACUCCUGUGCCAUUACUCCUGUCUGUUUCUCCAAACUAAGGGCAUGCCAAACUCCAUCUACUGUAGGUAUACACUGACUAUGGAUGAUUAUUACCUUAUAAAACCCCAAUUAAAACAGUUUGAACUUUGUCUUUAAUAGAGUAAUAGUAGAACCUGCUGUUUUAAGUGUUACCAAACAUCAGAAUACUGUCUUAAAGAUGUUAAAAUCUAUUUUGAGCUCUACUUUAUAUUGAUAUUAAUAGUUCAAUUUCAGCAAUAUGAUCAGCAUUAGAGGCCAGAUGUGCCAUAUUUAUGUAACUCAGCCUAGCUCUGUUGUCUUUCUGUGUGAAACGCUGGAGUCAUUUUGUAAUAAACCUCCCACUAUUCUCCUUCAUCAUGCUCCCUAUAUUAUAUAAAAAUAGAAACAAAUAUUUCGAUUCCAGCAUGCACUGCUCAGGAGUGAUCUGUGUUUAGAUUUAUGUUAAAAGGACUUUGUGAAGCUGAUGGGUGUUACAGGAAUGUGUAAUUAGCUUUUAGCAGACUGCUGUUGGUGUGUUUAAAAAAACGCUAGGGUGCUUCAUACACAAUCAUAUCAUUCAGAAGAAACACAGCUGAAGUCAAUCACUCGUUAAGGAGACUCCGGGUCAUCCUCGAGAGAAGUGUGGAAUCCUGUUGUGCUGUCAAAUGAUGAGUCUCAUUAUGUAUGUGAAAGACAGAUGGUUACAUAUAAAACAUGUUGUUGUAAAAUCAGUCAUUAGGUUUAGGCUAUAUUUUGUACAUUUAAGAAAAGAGAAUUUACCACAGUCAAAUACAGCUUUUAUUCUCAAACCUAUUUUAACCAAUAGGAAAAAAUACCUAGUUUAAGGUAUGCCAAGGUCUCUAUGACAACUGCUUAUUGAUGAUGCAGCUGCAGAGAGCCGGGUCAUUCCAGAAUGAGUUAAUUAUGAAUUAUUUGAAAGUUCAAAGGUGGGACAGAAACUUUCCUCAAAUUAUAAAGUGUCCCAGAUACUGACUGAGCAUUACAUGUGUUGUCGAGUCAAGUUAUUUCUACAGUAGGGUGAACUUUAAUGCUCAUAAUAAUGUGUUUCCAACAAAUGUUCUAUUGUGUUAUUAAGAAUAUGAAGGACUUUCAUUUAUGGUUUUCACAGGUCCUGUAUUUAAGCUUUUAUCUCAAUACAUGUUCUGCAUUUUGUUUACUGUUACAUGUUUGUAUUUCAUUUAAAUAAAUCCAUGUAGCUGGAUCAAG